AUGUGGAACCAAACGAUCGAUGGGUUCACGAUCAAGAUGGGAUUCAAGACGUGCAAAUUGGACCACUGCAUAAACAUCAAGCGAGACGACCAAGACAUGAUUCUCGUGGUGCUCUACGUCGAUGAUCUCAUCCUGGCCAGCAGCAACAACAAACUACUCAAGUCGACCAAGAUGGCGCUGAGCACACGCUUCGAAAUCACGGAUCUCGGUGAGCUCAAUUACUUUCUCGGCAUGGACAUCAAGAACGACCGUAAGACUGGAAUGGUGACUGUGCAACAAACCAAGUUUCUCAAGUCCGUGAUGACCCAGUUCGGAAAGGAUAACAGCAAGGCAGCGAAGACGCCUCAAGAUCCGGUCUGA